AUGGUUGCCAACGUGACUGGAAAAAUUCGUGGUCAUAGCAAUAGAGGAACCCCUUUGGUAAUCAACAACGUGCUUUCCAUUCCUGAGUUGAGGGAUAACUUGAUGUCGGUGAAAAAGCUGACAAGUGCUGGUAUCCAUGUUAGUUUUGGAGCAAACCAAGCUGUGCUCAAGAAAGACGGAGAAAUCGUAGCAACGGCCAAGCAACGGGGUGGUUUGUACGAACUGAAAGUUUUCGUUGAGCAGAAGUCGGUAAAUGCAUGUGAGGCGAAUCUAAAUGUUCUUUGGUACCGUCGCCUGUGCCAUCUGAGCCAACAAGGUAUGCGAACAAUAGUGAAGAACAAUCUGGCUACCGGAAUGGACAUCAAAGCAGAUCGUCUGGAGUUUUGCGAUGCCUGUGUGCGUGGGAAAAUGUGUCGAGAGCCAUUCCAUGGUACCCGAAUCAGAGCAACGAGGCCAUUGGAGAGAAUCCAUUCGGAUGUAUGGGGCCCUAUUGGAUCAAGGUUUUUCGUCUCCUUAAUCGAUGACCACACACACUUUGCCGUGGUUUAUUCGAUGCGCCGGAAGUCUGAGGUUUUUAAGAGCUUACGGGAAUUUCCAAAUUUACCAUGGAUCAAGGAUAAAGGUAUCCAGAUCGAGCCAACGGUUGCAUACACGCCCCAGCAGAACAUAUGUUUCCCUUGA